CGUGUCUAACUGGCGAAAUAUUUAAAUAGCCAAACCAAAUUAGCUGAGGUUCCGAUAAAUCCUUCGACUUGUCUUCAAGGACAGACGACCGAAGUGUGCCUUAACCUAGGUUAUAAAUAGUCGGGCGUGCUGCCUAGACAACCGACCCAUCAUCCGUGGCCCCUUAGUGCCUGGCACGGCUGUGGAUACGGAUCCUGGCAGCCAAUUCGGCGGUUAAACGGCUUGGCCAGGACACGAGACCGAUUCAGUAACGCGGCGUUUGCUGAACGCAGCGCUACUUCCGUUCUCGUUCUCCCAGUUCCAGUUCCCCACAUUUUCAUUGGAGAUAUAUAAGAUAUAGCUGGCGAAUCCGGAGCUAUGACGACCAGCGAUGAGAUGGGCAUGGGUGGCAACUUCUGCCACGACCACAUCCAGCAUCCGCUGAUGUGGUGCGAUGAGAAGAAGCGUCUUGUGGAGCGGAAGAAUGCUGAGGAGAGUCUUCGCAUGUGGCGGCGCAGAAAGGCGGAGGAGUGCGCCCGCAAGGAAAAGGAUAAACAGGAGUACUACGACCUGUUUCACCAACAUUGUCCUUGGGGUCGACCAGGCGGUGGUGCUCCCAACGUGGAAGUGCGCCGCAAGGAUAUCACAGCAGUGGGACUCCACUCCACGCCCACUGUGACCACUGCCCACCGGCUGAAUCUACUUCAACCGUGUCGCUACAACGACUUCUUCUCGAUGCAAAAAAAGUGCCACAACAAUCCGCUGGCCGCCUACCAUCACCACCACCACCAUGCCCCGCCUCCUCCACCCCCAGGUGGGCGAUUGGGCCACGCCCACUCCGUUCACCACCUGCAGGAAAGCGGACCCAGGAGCAGUACCGUAACCAUUUGCGAGCGGGAGAUUCCCCAUAAGCCCGGAGCUGGAGUUGGUGUGAAUGUGGCCAAAAACGCCAACGGCCAUGUGGACAUAGAGUUGCGAUACAAACCCUCGCCUCCGUGCAAGGGCAAGCCCCUGCUGGAGAAGAUCGUGGUCAGCGAAAGCGAGCAGCGGUGUCCUUUGCAGGAGAAGCUGGCCUCGCAGAAGAAGCGCCUGCAGGCCAAGCUGGAAAAGCCGCCCUGCAAGGAGCCCUGGGGCAAGGCGGGUCCUGGCGGCAAGCCCUGGCGGAGUCCCAAGGAAGUGGGCAACACCUUCAUGAAGUCACUGGGCUGGACGAACAAGGAGAUGCUGAAGGAGCUGGACCAGGACAACCCAGUGACCCCGGCGGAGAAGAACACGUUCCGGAAAUCGCGACCCGCAAAGCCACCAAAGCCGCAGCGCUGCUGUGAGAUGUGCACCUGCAACUGUCCCGCCAUGCAAAAGAGUCCCCCGAAGCCAUCUCCACUUUCGCUGCCCAUUCCGCCGGGAAAGAAGUGUCCGGGUCCGCCAGGACCGCCAUGUCCGCCUGGUCCGCCGCCCGGGAAGACCCUGCACCACCUGAGGCCACAGGACUGCGGGGGGAAGCCCAUCAAACUGUGCCGGAUGGCCACACGAGGUCCGUGUCCCGGGAGCACCAGCACCGCCACUCCGGAGGCCAGCACCGCCGGGGGAAAUGGAGGACCCUAUGGCGAGGGCGGCGGCGUGGAGCUAGUUCCGCUACUGGCCCGAAGGCGUGGCAUGAACCGACCCAUCUCGCUCUCCAGCACAGAUGUGACCAAGAGGACGCCGUCCCACGAUAGGUACGCAUCCAAGCACAAGCAUCCACCAAAGAACUGUCAGUUGACCACCAGCAAGAUCAAGUGCAUCAACAGCAUCAUCAAGAACAUCAGCCACAUGAAGCGGCUGCCCAAGAAUCUGAACUGCAAGCUGCAGUGCUGCAGUUGCGAUUGCCCCACGGCCUUGGCCACGGGCUGCUGCCUCAAGCGGCUAACCCUGCACAUUCGCCAGGCUUAAACAAACCAUGUUCCCCUAGUCCUGAUCCUCUCCUGCUCUCAUAGUACCAUAUUACCACAGUACCCAUCCCCCUCCGUUUCUCAUUUGCUUGCUCUGUGCUGAAUAUAUACCGAAAAUGAAAAUGAAAAUCCGCUUGACCCCCUCUGUUUCUUGAACCCCUGUUUUGAUCUUGCCCAUGUUAAUGGUUUCUCUAAUCCCCCACUUCUCCCCGGAUUCUCAUCCAGCAAGAAAAU